AUGUGGUUGAGCAUUUGGUUACUGAAUAUAUAUUCUUCGUUGGGAAUCCACGAUGAGGUUGAGGAAACGAAGGCCAUGAUGGGUGAGAAAGGAAUCGGGGUAUCAUCCGAUUGCAGCACAAUCGAAGUGAAUCGGAAGGUGUAUGAGUUUUUUGCAGAGGAUAUCUCGCAUUAUCGAAAGACUGAAGUUUACAGAAUGGUGGAAGAGGUUGGACAACAACUGAGGAUUGCGGGUUAUGAUGGAGAUGGAUUGGAUUUGCAUAGUGAAAAGUUGGUGAUUGCUUUUGGGCUUUUGUCGACUAAUCCUGGAUCGACAAUAAGAGUUGCGAAGAAUCUGGAUGUUUGUUCUGAUUUCCAUAGUUAUGUUAAGUUGCUUUCUAGUGUUUAUAAUCGAGAAAUUAUUAUUAGGGAAAGAACCAAAUCGCAUAGUUUCUGGCUUGUGCGGUGCUCGUGUAAUGCCUAGUUUUGAAUUCAAAACACUUUCUCGAUCUGAAUCUGAAUAUUUGUUC